AUGGCCUCCUUCGUCGCCCGCCGCACCUUCUCUACCUCCGUCCGCCGCUUCGCCGACGAGCAGGCCAAGCAGCAGCUCGCCCAGGAGUCCAAGCGCAACCCCGAGCUCUACAUCCUCGGCGGUGUCAUGGCCGCCGCGCUCGGCGGCGCCGGUCUCUACUUCGGCCGCACCCCCACCACCGCCACCUCCGAGACCGCCGUCCUGAAGGCCGGUAUGCCCUGGGAGACCGACUCCGAGGGCAAGUACAAGUACCACCCCGGCGGCAACCCCAAGAACGAGCCCAAGGACGCCCCCAGCGCCGUCAACACCGUCAUCAUCCCCGACGUCACUCUGCCCAAGGAGCUGCACGAGAAGUACAACAAGUGGGGCAAGGACGGCUACUAA